AACGCUGUAAUAAGUAAAAAUUUUUUUGACACUUGAGACUCAUAGAUUGUACAAAAGUGAAAAAUUUCUCGAUGGCGUCUAUCGUAUUAAAAAGUUUGUCUAUAUUUCUGGGGUUGUUUUUUAUUUUUGUAGGGAUUAUGAAGAUUACUCCUUACAUUAGCAAAGAACUUCACAAGGACCUGAGACAAGAAUACGUCAAAUAUGCUAAAAUCAUACCACUAGCCCGUUGGUUCAACGUCAAGAUACCUUCAAAAUGGUAUCGUCGCAUUGUAGGUGGCCUUGAAAUUGUUUGUGGCAUUGCUCUUACUUUCAUUCCUCAUCGGCGUACCAAGCAGGUCGCCAAUUGGAUUUUGCUCUCUCUGAUGAUUGGAGCAAUUUCUUUGCACUGGGCUGUUGAUGACAAGCUUGAACGGUCAGCUCCAGCCUUAGUCUUUUUCUUUAUGUUGACUUGCCGCCUGGUGGUGGAGUGGCAGAUUCAGCGCCAGGACAAAGCAGAAGCUGCAAAAGCAGCAGCAGCAGCACUCAAACCGCCUAGUACGGGACCCACACCAUCAAACAUCCCUGCCAAACUGGCAAAGAGUGAAUAGUCUCAAUUUUGAAGCCAUAAAACAAAUAUUCUCUUUGAACUAAGUCAGUUUUUUUUUGUAGCAGUAUUGUGAAUGUCUUGACAGUCUAGUGGUACUUAAUAGCUUAAGUUUUAAUUUAAAUAACUUAUUUUCCGUCUCACGAGUAGUUGAUACAGUAGGAUAUCUUCAAAACGAAUGAUCUCGCACGCUCGAUCCAUAAACCAGUUGUCUUGAUGCACAUUUUUCGUAAUAAAAAUUUUGUUCAUGGAAAA